GCGGCACUUGUAUGAAAAAAACAUCCUGUAGAAAACUACAAAUUCAAGUGUACAUCAGUGGUUGUCGCUGUGCAUGGCGUCUAGUCGCGGGGUGAAAACAAGUCACAGAGGGGCAGGCCCGUGAAUUUAACGAUGAUGGAUUUGGAAGAUGAGAAACGUCUGACCGAGCGGAGGUUCGAAGCAGCGGUCAAAGUGAUCAAGAGUUUACCGGCGGACGGCCCUUUCCAACCUUCCAAUGACAUGAUGCUCAAAUUCUACAGUUACUAUAAACAAGCCACUUUGGGUUCGUGCAAUAUAUCCCGACCAGGAUUCUGGGAUGCAGUUGGCAAAGCAAAAUGGGAUGCAUGGAAUUCUCUUGGAAACAUGUCAAAAGAAGAAGCGAUGGCAGCCUAUGUUGAAGAAAUGAAGCUGAUCCUGGAGGGGAUGCCCAUGACAGACGAGGUGGAGGAGCUCUUACGGGUCCUUGGGCCGUUCUACGAGCUGGUUGACGAGAAGAAAAAGAUUGCUGACAUAUCAGAUCUGAGCACAGGAUUUGGAACAAUGCUCAAUUCAGUACCUUCAAAAAGUGUCACAAAGAGCAUCAUCAGAACCAUGGAAAUGAACGGCACUCUACAAUCUAAACCAGGCCGGCUCAAAUCAAAAGAAAAACCACUGGAAGUGAGGAAAGGCUCAGAAGAAGCAGAAGAGGAGGUGGACUUGGAAGACGACGAUGAUGAUAAAGAAGAAGAGUGUGAAGAAGUGAUGGUCAGAAAAGCUUCGCAACCUAAAAAGGCUUCAGUGAAGAGACACCGAGUGGCCAAUGGGGUCGCUCAUUUGACCAACGGGAGUCCUGAGACGUCCCAUGUGGGUUCGGUCAGUGAGCCUCUGCUGAACGGUCAGCACCAAGAGCCCAGUGCCGAUGUGUCUGGUCCCAGUCACCUGGCCAGUGACUCAGACAGUGAAGUCUACUGUGACUCUGUGGACCGGUUUGGGCAGGAGGAGAACUCUGAGCCAAACCACUCCAUUGAUUUCGUGAAUGAAGAGGAAAACCACUUUUUACAGCCUUUGCAGGAAACGCACGAGGAAGGUAUGAAUCCACCACAGGUCAUCAGGUGUGGAGGAGAGGAUGGAGAGACCAGUGGAAAGUCCUCACAGAGACAGAGACUAAAUGCUGACACUCCAGACGGUUCCUUGGUCAGAAGAGGGAGGGGCUCUAGGUCUACAGGCCUCCACUCAGGAGCUCUGGGACCUGUGCAUGAUGGUGGAGACGGGGAUGGGGGCCACUGGGGAGGAACAACACCACAAAGAAACCUGAACGAGCAGAUAGUUGUGGCAUUGGCCAGACUCCAAGAGGACAUGCAGAGUAUUUUAGAGAGGCUGCACACCCUGGAGGCGCUUACUGCUACCCAGGCAAGAACGACGGCUCUGUCUCCAUCUUAUGAAUCACCCUCACUGAAGAAGAGUCGGAAACCAGCCUGGUGGCCUUUUGACAUUUCUCCUGCCAGUCUGGCUUUUGCUGUCAUAUGGCCAUUUGUAGUCCAGUGGCUUAUCCGCCUGUACUUUCAGAGGAGGAGAAGGCGAACCAACUGAAGCUACUUGCCCAGCUGUGGCACAAAUCAUAUAGAAGUGCUCUUUGGAUGGGUCACUGAUGGCUGAAACCCCCACCACCGCCACCCUGCUCAGACCCACACUGACGUGUAAUUUGCUUUUGUACUACUGAGACGAUAUCUGGACUAACGAGCGAGAGGAACGACGGUCCUCCUGCAUGUGAUACUGUUAAUGUGGAAUCAAAACCAACUCUGAAUGUAAGGGCUCGCCGCCUGUAAUUAAACAUGUUUUUAAGAUGAUACCACUGAAUUUGAUUAAUUUUAUUUGAAACAAGCGGUUUGUGUUGCAAGGAGACAAACAUUAUUGGCAUGUUUAACAAGAUCUCAAUUAUUUCCAUAAUGAAGUUUAUAUUACACAAAAUUGUUUUACCCAAAUGCUUUAUGGUUAGCAAAUUUUCUUAGUUGCCCCCUUAAUGCUGCUAAAUCGCUGUAAUAAAUGUAGCGUGGAAGAUUUGAUUGUAAUAUAUUGUCAGAUUGUGUUUAAUUCUAAGAUAUUUAUUGCUUUUAGCUUCGGUAGCUAGCUGGACGUCAGCGGUGUGAUGAUUUGUGCUUUCAUGUGAUUGUCGUGUUCAUGUCCCCGUCAUCUGUCUGACUUCACAUCCAGUCUGAUUCUGGGUUUCUGUUUUUCAAUUAGAAGAAGUGCCUCACUGUCAUAAGGUGAUCAGGGGCAUUAUCACUUAUUGCACCAACACACAGGUAGCAUCCCUGCGCCAGUAGCGGACCAAAUUAAGACUCGUAAUACCUGUCAUCAUACAUGUUGUUUACUAUCAUACGUUGUAUAAUUUUUUUUUUUUAAGUGUUUGUUUGUGUUUGUAAGGACGUUGUGGAGCUCGAGAAUGAAUCUUAAGUAUUGAGAACUCAUUUAAUAAAUUGUAUGCAGUAGCUGUACAGAUCUGAUGAUUAACAUGCAAUAUUUUAAUUGCAUUCCCAUGUGUGAAUAUAUAUAAUACUGUAUGUACAAAAAA